ACAAGACACAGGAAAUAGUUAAUUUAAGAGCAGUUGUAGAAUUCGGCAAAAUAUGGAACAGUUCAGUGCAAGUACAGGAUCAUGCAAGUACUAGCGCAAUUGGGAGCUGUAUAGUCCAUUAUAGUCGAGAGUUUAUUUGUUCGAUCCUGUUUGUUUGCAGCCUCCAAACCCUCGGUCUGUCACUGAUAUGGUGUGAGACUCGGUCUCUUCCUUCCUAGCCUUGCAGGGCAGACAGAUAGCGGAGCAGUGACGUCACCGAAUGCUUUGGUCUCCCAGCCACUCAGUGAAGUUGGAGCAGCGCUGCGGAGAUCAGAAAGGAACCAGCUAUCAUAGCAGUGCAGCAGGCAGCGCCGGGCAGAGCAGGAGACGCAGAAACCAGAACGAUUAAAAACAACAACAACAACAACAAAAAAACAAACAAACUUUGGGAGGAGGAAAUAAAACAAUGCGCAGCGAUUACCAACAGCUCUAAAAAAUCUAUAUUUUUAAAAAAAUAUAUAAUGUCGCUGUUAAACGUAGACGAUGAUCAUAGAUGGAUGCCGACCCACGUCCAGGUGACAGUUCUUCGGGCUUCGGGCUUGAGGGCGAAAGGUAAACAUGGGACCAGCGAUGUAUACACUAUCAUCCAGGUGGGGAAAGAUAAAUUCUCCACCUCUGUGUUGGAGAAGACCACGUCUCCCGAAUGGAAAGAGGAAUGCUCCUUUGAGCUACUCCCCGGGGUCCUUGAGGCAGACAGUAAGUCCGCUUAUCCCCCGGGGAGCAGUGAUCUGGUCCUAACCGUCAUGCAUAGAGCGUUGAUCGGACUGGAUAACUUUUUGGGGCAAGCUGUUAUCCCGCUGGAUAAAAUCUUUCAGGAGAAGAGGUCGCGGAAGAACGAGUGGUACACGCUGCACUCCAAGUCUGGAAAGAAAGAGAAAGAGCGAGGUGAGAUCCAGGUGACCGUGCAGUUCACCCGAAACAACCUGACGGCGAGCAUGUUUGAUCUGUCCAUGAAGGACAAGCCCCGCUCCACAUUCAGCAAACUCAAGGACAAGAUGAAGGGGAAGAGAGGCGAGGGGGAGUCUGCCUCUGCCAUCGUGCCCAGCAGGAUUGGAGCGCUGAGCGAGAGGGGGGUCCGCAGUGCCAGUGAGGGGGGUGGGGAACAGGAAAACGAGGAGCACGAGGAAGGGAAGAGGAGCAAAGUGAGGGGCUUCUUCAAGAAGCCGAAGCUGCGCAAGUCGUCGGACAGCCGCUCCAACACUUCUCUGGCCUCGGGGAGCAGCGUGUCAUCCUCACCGGGGGGCAGUCUAAGCCCCACUGCAGGGAUCAGCGUGGUUGUGUCUGACCUCUCCAACUCCCCUAGCGUCAGCAGCAACCUGACGGACAGCCCCGUUCACACCAGCCAACCUUCCCCAAAGCUGCUGACCCACAAGAGGGCAUUCAGUGAUGAGGCAAGCCAGGUCAUCGCUAUGCCCCAGCACAGAGAGGUGGAGAAACUGAAGGCCAAGGACAACCCGCUCUCCCAGUCCUCCCUGUGCAUCAAUGGCAGCCACGUCUACGCAGUGGAUACGCCCGCCCCUUCGACGCUGCCAAAGGUUACCCUGGGAGUGCUUCAGAAAUCCUCCACCCUCUCCCGCUCCCUUCAGAACCUCGCCAAGAAGAGCGAGGAGACCCCUAAAGCGAAUCUAGACACCCGGCGGUGGUCCCUGGACAAAACUGGCAGCAAGGAGGGAGGGAAGCUGGUGGCGCUGCUUGGAAACCAGGAUGAUUCCACCCAAGCCACACCCGGGCAUAAAGGCAAGCCGGUAGAGAGAGCCACCCAGAUUGUUUCCACUGCCAAUGUGCAACCAGCCGCUGUGAAGCGUGCAGAGGAGGUGAAGAACGAAGAACACAAGAAGCACAAACUGCACUUGUUUGGGGGGAAGAAUGAGUCGAAGGGCAGUGAUGCAGUCAAGAGUGGAGACAUGAGCCCCACUGGCCAGCACCCCGAGGAGAAGCACAGGGGCUGGUUUGGCUCCAAGGAGGCCCAAAACAAACCCAGCCCUCACCCGGUGAAGCCCCUCGGCUCCUCUGCCCCCCUGGAUGACAAGAGGCACGGUGGCAGCUCUGUUCCCAUCAGUGUGCUUGAGAAGCUGAAAUCCACUGUGCGGCCAGUACACAGCACGCUGCAGGGGCAGCAUCAUGCAGGGGGUAUUAAGGCCCUGACUUCUCAAGACCAUGCAGCCCGCUAUUAUCACCUGACCCACGAUGAGCUCAUCGCACUCCUGCUGGAGCGGGAGGCAGAGCUGGACAAGCAAGGGGCGGAGCUGCAGAAGUGGGAGGUUAAGGUGCACGAUCUGGAGGAGUACAUUGACAGGCUGCUGGUGCAUAUCAUAGAAGAGACACCCACCCUUCUGCAGGUGCCCCAGGGCAAAUAGACAGGGAACCCUACCCUACCACACAACCACAGGCUUCAAUAACCAACACAGACGCAGCAUCAUACACAAUCAGCCCUGCUGACGACAGAACUGCAUUGCAACACCUUGGUUCUAGGCAGUGCAUUGUGUGCAUGCUCCACAAAGAUCGUUCCAGUGCUGGGGGGCGGGGGUUGAGCCAGCUGGCCAAUGAAAGUGAAGAUCACCUUUCAGACAUGCAUGCCUACUUCCAAUGAGGGUCUACCCCCGUGCUGGGUUUGGAAUUAUAUAUUUAGAAAUCUAGGAAUGUUAUGUGUACCCUGCUUAUGCGCUUGAGCUGUAAUGUACCCACAGUGGAAAUGCCAAAGCACUAGACAUCUGAUGCUCGGAGCAGACUCAGAUGCCACCUCAGUUGUCAUCAGACUUCACUGCUUUUUUUAACUAUCAUUGUUCCAGAUAUUGCUUCUACUGAACUCAUUCUCCGCUUGGAUCUCCUCUGCUGCAUCACUUCAGUAUUAAUGGCUUCCAGUUUUGCUACAAAACUAGUCGUCUUGAACCUUUCACAGAUCUUUUGAAUGUGAUUGAAGCAAGACUGUCCUCUGCAGUGCAUUCUUGCAUGUACAGGGAGAGCCUUGAGGGUGGGCUGUUUUAAGGGGGUGAUGUCAGACAACACAUGCUGGGUUCCUAUUGGACGUACAGCUGUGCUUCAAACCUUUAGACUACUUAGGCCAAAAGAUUAUUCAGUAUAGCUGAGCUCCACAGGACAAAUCAGCAAGUUGCUCAAUUUCUUACAGAAAUAAGUGUGAUGUUACUUUCUUCGGGUGGUAAUGGUUUCCUUCAUAGUAAUUUUGAAACUGUUUGAACAGCUGAGAAGAAAGCAGAAAUAUUGGAAUUCCAGCUCAUUGUAUCCCUUGUCUUACCAGUUGUUGCUACUGUUGUAAGUUACAAGGGAUAUGUAAUACAUAUGAUCAUAACCAUCAUUUUAUUCCAAUUGUGGUGGACAAAAAGCAAUAUUGAAAACUUGCCAUGACCAUUCUAAUAUACAUGUAAUUACCAAUUAAAAAAAACAAAAAAAAGCUAAAGUUAUAAAGAUUUAACAGGACAGGGCUACUGGCUCUGUGACCUUGCUGAGCCAAAAUAAUUGUGCUGUACUUAAAUAUACUGUAACCAAUUGAAAAUGUCUGCAUACCUCUCUUGUGGACAUAGAUAAAAAAAAGUGCCACCAAAACAGUAUUGAUCACCCAGUGACUGGUUUCUAUACUGUGUUCCCAGAUGCUUCUCUGUCUUGCUGCAGUCACCUAUUUCUGUAUCUGUCACUUUGUGAUUUGUGUAGGUCUGUACCGUCUACCGUUAUACGUUUGUGCUAAGUUUGCAUUCAUUUAUACACGCCUGUCUUUUUUUUUCUGUUUUUCAUCCAGUUGGUUUUGAAUCUUACCUUCUCCCUUUUGUGCAUCUGGUUUUCCAUGUUAUAGUCCAUUGGCACUACAGAUUGGAGUGUGUGUUCUGAGUGGAGCCCCUGCCUUCGCUUCCUUAUGCCCUUUCUGGAAGGAAUGAUACAACUUGACGUUAAUGAUGUCUGCACGAUAUAUAUUUUAAUGAGCUGGUUCAGGCAAGAUAGAAAGAUGUCCGAGCUGGAUAAGUGCCAUGUACCGAAUGCCAAAUGCUGCCUUAUGCUUAUGUUUUUGCUAUUUUUGUAUUUGUUAUUUGUUCUAUCUGUUAUAAUUUUAAAGGUGCCCCCCACCCCAAAAAAAGUGUAACUAGAAAAAAAAAAUGUAUAUAUGAAUAUGUAUUGAGCACUAUAACUGUAGUGUUUCUCAGAGUGUGGCACGCGGGUUAAAAUCUUUCCAGAAAAUAUGUAUUCCCGCUGCCACCAAAAAGUUGAAGAAAACAGUGUUUCUCUGAGAUCCUCAAAAGCAGCGAUCUGUCGGUCACCUCGUUCCUUGUUUGAUGUGAACUCUUUGUGACUGGGUCCUAGUGUGGGGCUUCCUGUGAGAGGGGUGGGUCGCAGCCUUACCAUCUCGGGGUUCAUUCAUGGGCAGCCACCCCUGCACCUGUCCUUACAGAUGAUUCCUAAUCUGUAUAACAUGCUUCCAGGCUUUCAAAACAAGCAGCAGCAAACGCCCUGACCUGUUUGUUACCUUGCAAGGGACAGAGACCGGACCAUUCUAUUUAAUUGAGGGGGGAGGGGGGGGGGUUCUUCUGGGCAUCCAGGUAUUGAACAGCACCUUUCCCAUUUUAAUGAACACUGACGUGGAAAAUGUACACGGCACUGUGCGUCUAGUCAAGCUCACUGGAUCAGCUGCUUGCCCUGUUUCAGCUUGCAAUUUUGCUUAAACACCCACCAGUAACGGCUUUAAAAGGUGGUAUUUUGGAGGGCCGUUUAUAACUCGAGUCCAGUAUUGAAAUAAUACACAGCUUCUUCCCUGAUUUAUCUUUCACUUGCCAUGCAGGGGGAGCUUCUGCUGCUGUUGUAAAUGAUGCCAAUAAAUGUUGAUAGUGUGACACAAAAAAAAGUUUACAAUUGUAUUAAAGAUGCUUCUUUCUGUUAGUUUGUUUUCUAUAUACUGAGAAGUGUUGGUUCUGUGUUUGUUUUAUAUAUAUAUAUCUGCAAUUAACCUAUGUUUGUAUUAAGAAUUCUAUAAUAAAAAGCACUUUUCAAAUAAA